AUGGCCAAGCGGCGUGCGGCCGAGCCCCUGACGUUCCACGUGCCUUGGAAGCGGCUCCUGCUCUGCGACUUUCCCGAGGAGCCGCCGCGGCCACCGCUCUGGAUCCCGCCGCCGGGGGCCUCGCAUCCCGAGCAGCCCCUCGGCGUCCCGGAGCUGCCCCGAAAGCGUAAAAUCGACGCAGGGGGUAUGACUGAGCCUUUGGUUUCGCCCAGCAAACGCCGCGACGGCGGGGACACUGGCGCUCCGGACGGCGCGGAGCGUGAGGGCCGCGGCCUGGAGACUGGCGAGCCGCCGCUGUUGCAGCCGCCCGUGCGGCCCCGCGGGCCGGGGGAGGAGCCCCGGGGCGUUCGGCCCCCGAAGGGCGGUGGCGACGACGGGGCGGAGCGCGCAGAGUCCCUGCGGGGAGACUGGGGGGCCGACCCGCGCCAGCUCAGUGAAGAAUUUUGGCAGUAUAACACCUUCCAGUACUGGAGGAAUCCUUUACCACCUAUUGAUCUGGCAGACAUUGAAGAUGUAAGUGAAGACAACCUGACAGAAACAGCACUUCAGGACAAGAAUGAAGUUGUUGAGAUUGAUAUGGAGUCCUGA